AUGGGUGAUUUUCAAGCCCCCUUCACAGUGUCACCCCCUCCUUUUCCCUCUUCCCCAGAUAAGUCCAACAUACCCUUUUUAUAUUAUGGCCUAGUACUGGUGGGAAUUGCAGUCAUAGCAUUGGCCCUUUACAAUUGUAUUGUCAUGAAACAAAGUAGGGGGCGCCAUAUGCAAUCACAGACUGCAAGGCCAAAUGGGUUGGUCGAGGUUGUCAUAGAAAGUAACGUUGAGAACUGCCAAAGGAACUUGCUUUUAAGCUUCAAGUACAAGAAAGAAGCAGGAAAAGAAGGUGGUGGGGAGGAUUAUGAGUGCCCAGUUUGCUUAUCGGGUUUUGAAGAAGGGGAAGAAGUGAGGAAGCUACCGCGUUGCGAACACUACUUCCACGCUCCAUGCAUAGACAUGUGGCUUUACUCUCACUUCGAUUGCCCAAUUUGUCGAACACCCGUUGGUCCAUUCUGCCACCGUGUCCCGCCGGAGAAUUCUCGUCACUGA